AUGACCUCCCAAAGAAUCGCAAACAGUGUCCCAGGCUACGCCAAAUUCCCUUUCUUGUCCGCAGCGGUGGUGUCCAACGGCUUUGUAUACUGCUCCGGCCAGAUAGGUGCUACCCCCGAUGGCAAACUUGUUGAGGGUCCCAUCACCAAGCGGGUCAAGCAGAUCAUGGAUAAUCUGGAAGCCGUGUUGAAAGCCCAUGGGAGCGGGCUCGAGCAUACUGUCAAAUUCAACAUCUUUAUCACCUCCUACGACAUCUUUGACGAGCUCAACGCCGCAUACACCAAGCGUGUUCCAUCACCCCCGCCUGCCAGGAGCUGCAUAGGGGUGGCGACCCUUCCCAGGGGAACGGAUGUAGAGAUUGAGUGCGUGGCUGUGCUGCCUACCAAGGCCAAGUUGUAG